AUUUGGUUUCAAUGACAGUCCUACUCAGACUCCCCGUACAAAAAUAUCUCACAUCUCUGUAGAUCGAUUUCUACUGUUGACGUAUCAAUUUCGAACUCUCUCUCUGGGCAGCUAUCCCAAUUUUGGACUUGUAACCUGAAUCACAAAACUCCCAGGAUCCUGUUAUUUUUGCUCUACGCGCUCACAGGGAAUAUGGAGCCGCCGGCGACAGUUGGUGGAGGCGGCGGCGGAGCCGGAGUGAGGCGCCAGCAGCCGCAACAACAGCAGGGGGUUGGGAAUAUGUUGACGGGAAUAAUUAGGGUCGCAGUGUUGUGGUAUUUCGCGUCCAAAUUCUUUGGACCCAAGCGACCGCCUAGUACUCAGUCCUCUCACCAGAUCUCCAAUCUGUUUCACAAGGGAGAACCUCUGGAUAUGUGGGUAUAUCUUUCUGAGCAAGAGAAAUUUAAUGACUUCGGCAGUGAGGGUGCCCUUGUCUGGCAGGAGACAAAUAUACCUUUCGCUAUUUGGACAGCAGACAGUUCCAGAACUCUAUCCAUGAAGUAUUAUCCUUCUGAGGCUUUAAAGCACAAUGGGAGUCUUUAUGCUCAUGUUUUCUUUGCUAGGUCUGGCUAUCCGCCAGACCCGAAGGACCCUGAGUACCAACCUUUGGCUGCUUUUGGGAGGACCCACCCUUUGGUGACAUAUUUGCCCAAAAAGGCUGACAAGAAGAAGAGUCUUUUAGGGAACUCCAAGGACGCUGGAGUAGAUGAAAAGGCUACCGAUAUACCCAAGGAUUCUAAUGAUGAUGAGAAAGAGGAUGGACCUGUUGAAUGGAUGUCAUAUUGGAAGCCUAAUGUUACAAUCAAUCUGGUGGAUGAUUUUACCAGAUACACUCAGAAUGCAGUUCCGCCAAAUAUUGCUCCUUGUAUCCUUGAGUUAUUGCCAGUUUUACAUGGUUAUGGCCAUUUUCUUUGUUUGUCUCAAAACCUUGUCCCAUUGCUAUUCCCUACAGGAAACUACUAUCCCACCAUAUUCUUCAAUGACUUUUGGUUACUUCGGGAUAAGUUGGUACAAAUCAAUGAGACGGUGAAUGAAUUGCCCCUGAAUUUAGAGGUUGGUCCCAUUAGCAUGACAAAAUGGCAGCUAUACCUACAGAUUGACCAGUCAUUCCAGAUUCAUAGGAAUUAUGGAAGCAUGCUUGAAGGUGAAGCUGAUGAACUUAAGAGAGUCUUUCUGGAGGGGAACCCUUACCUUUUGGUAGUUACCAUGCUUGUAUCGGUACUUCACUCCUUGUUCGACUUCUUGGCUUUUAAGAACGAUAUUCAGUUCUGGAAUAAAAACAAGUCCAUGGAGGGAUUAUCCGCAAAAUCUGUUGUCGUGAAUUUCUUCUCUCAACUAAUAGUCUUCCUUUAUCUCCUUGACAAUGAAACUUCGUGGAUGAUACUUGCAAGUUCUGGUAUUGGCUGCUGCAUCGAGUUCUGGAAAAUCGGAAAAGCCAUGCAUAUUGAGGUUGACAGAUCAGGUGUGAUACCAAGGCUGAGGUUCCGUGACCGUGAGUCAUAUGCUAGUAACAAGACGAAAGAAUAUGAUGAUAUUGCAAUGAAAUACUUAACAUAUGUUCUCUUGUUUCUCGCUGUAUGUUUCUCUAUUUAUUCUCUGAAGUACGAACGUCACAAGAGUUGGUACUCUUGGAUUCUCUCAUCCCUUACGAGCUGCGUCUACAUGUUUGGUUUUAUUAUGAUGUGCCCUCAGCUGUUUAUUAAUUAUAAGCUAAAGUCUGUUGCCCAUAUGCCAUGGAGGCAGAUGACAUACAAAUUCUUGAACACGAUCAUUGAUGAUCUCUUUGCAUUUGUUAUAAAAAUGCCGAUCCUUCAUCGACUUUCCGUCUUCCGUGAUGAUGUUAUUUUCUUGAUAUACCUUUAUCAAAGAUGGGUCUACCCGGUGGACAAGAAACGAGUAAACGAAUUUGGUUUUGGUGGGGAGGAUGAACAAGCCACGACCACUACUCAGGCAAUAGAGCAGAGUGAAGAAGAGAAGAAAACUAACUGAGUCAUUACGAGUCAGGCAAUAAUCAUUUCUCUUAACUCAAAAACAUAAUUUUGUUAUCUGUUUUUUAGUUUUCUUGGUUAUAUUAGAUUGGCUGUUGCCUUUACCUGGUGCUUGCAACUGGUUUGAUUUUUAUCUUCUUUUUUAAUUGGAUUCUUGGAAUUUUUUUUUUUAGUAGAUUGGUGCCAAGCAUCUCAGGUAGAGGUUAAUAUAUAUGUUGUAGGCAUAAGAGAAGUGCAGCCCUGAAGACAAUAGAAAGAAUAUUACAGUUCAAGUCAAAUUAUUUUCUAAUGGCUAGAAAUAAAAUAUCAUUUUUCGAUGAGUUUUAUUUUGUA